CCUAUCUGUCUUUGGACGCAGUCUCUGUAAUCUGUAAUAUGUUAUCAAAACAGGCCUUGGCUAGCGAUCUAAACAAAAGUCACGUGUUAUGUUUAAAAAGUUUUUUCAAUUAAAUAAUAUAAAUCAUAAUUAAAAAUCUUAUACCAUGAAAGUUAGAAAAGAGAAACGGUACUACGAUGUAGACGAGAAAAACACUCAAGAUACAAAAUCGGAAAAGAAUGACAAUGUUCAAAUUUUUAAUAUUAAAAUUAAACCGGGAUACAAAGUGAAACCCUCUCAAUCAUUUAAUAAAAAUUACAAAACUAAUAGAGAUGAGAUUAAAAAAAAUAAAAAGAUAUUUAGAGGCAAAGCUCCCAUUAAUAAAAAGAAGUUGGAACAAUACUCUCGAGGCGAAGGAAUUGGAAAAGGUGUAAGGCAUCCACUUCAUGCUGCAAAACUGAAGAAAAAAGAACGGAAACAUAACUAUGCUGAAGAAGAAGCAGCUAGAGCUGAGAUAUUGCUGACAGAAGAGACUGGCUUUCUAGACGUUGGAGAGAACAGGAAAACUACAGCAAUAACACAAAGUAUAAUAGCUAACAAUGUGGACAUAGCAGCAGCAACAAAGAUAUUUGAUCUGAAAUUAGAUUUUGGUUCAUAUAGAGCAAAAUAUUCUCGAAAUGGCAGACAUUUACUUCUUGGUGGCAAAAGAGGGCAUUUGGCAGCUUUUGAUUGGGUUACGAAGAAAUUGCAUUGUGAAAUAAAUGUUAUGGAAUCUAUACAUGAUAUAAGUUGGCUACAUAUUGAGACAAUGUUAGCAGUAGCUCAGAAGGAAUGGUUAUACAUCUAUGACAACACAGGCACUGAAAUACAUUGCUUAAAAAAUAUGGAUAAAAUUUUACGAAUGGAAUUCUUGCCUUAUCACUUCCUGUUAGCAGCUGUGAAUGAAUAUGGUUUCAUGACGUGGCUGGAUGUAUCUAUUGGACAAGUAGUUGGCCAUUAUAAUAAUCGUUGUGGUAGGACGUCAGUAAUGACCCAAAAUCCUUACAAUGCUACUAUCUGCCUAGGAAACUCAAAGGGAGUUGUAUCUUUAUGGUCACCAACUGUCAAGGAACCAUUGGCAAAAAUAUUGUGUCAUAAAACCCCAUUAACAGCUGUUGCCGUGGAUAAUAGAGGAAUGUACAUGGCCACAUCUGGAGUAGACCGUAGUAUGAAAAUAUGGGAUAUAAGAAAUCUAGAUGGCCCAUUGCAAGAUUAUAGACUAAGAAGUGCUCCAGUUGAAUUAGAGUUCUCACAAAAAGAUAUGUUAGCCGUUGGCCUUGGAGAAGUUGUAGAAGUAUACAAUGAUUGUUGUUCUAAAACAGCAAGUAGACCUUAUUUAAGACAUAGAAUGUCUAAAUCCAUCAAUAAUUUCAAGUUCUGUCCUUAUGAAGAUGUACUAGGAAUUGGAACAAGUGGAGGUUUCACCAGUAUUAUAGUACCAGGAUCUGGAGAACCCAACUUUGAUGCUUUAGAGAGCAAUCCAUUCCAAACCAAAAAACAAAGGAAGGAGGCAGAAGUCAAAGCAUUGCUUGAGAAAAUUCCUGCCGAGCUUAUUACUCUUAAUCCAUUUGAGGUCACAGAAGUAGAUGUACCCACGAUGCAAGAACAGAUGGAAGCCAAGAAAAAACUAUUGUAUCUAAAACCUAAAAAAGUAGAUACGACUCCGCGGCGCAAGAAUAAAGGUAAAACCAACAUUGCAAGGAAAAAAAUCAUUAAAGACACGACUAGAAAGGAAUUCAUUGCACAAGCUAUUAAAGCACAGAAAAUGUUGGAUUUAUCGGAAAAACAAACUACACCACAACAAUCAUUUGGAGUUCUAGACCGAUUUGUAUCCAAACCUAAAUCUAGGAAAUAAUAAUAAUAACUGUUUAGUCAUAAAA